AUGGAACCCAGAAGUAUCAAAGCGAUUUACAUUGAACCUACAAAGGGACAACGUACUGGGCACCGAGUGCUCAACCUCAAUACUAAGAAGAUGAUUUCCCGACCCAAGGUCGUUGUACUACCCGUUACCAAUCAAGUAAUCAAGCGUGUUGAAGCUUGGGCUGCUGCUGAAGGUGUUGCUUCCAUGAAGUUCUUUGAUAAGAAGAGAGAUUUGGAGACAUUUCAAGAUGGCGAUCAAAUUGUAGGAGUGGAUGACACAGAACAGGGUUACUUAGAAGAAGCCUUUGAUCAGGACUAUGAAGCUGAAGAUGAAGACGAAUGUGAUUUCAACCUACAUGGACAAUUCGAUGAUAUCGAUGACUCCAAAAGAGAAGAGCUCUUGGCAGAUGCAGACAAUGAUGUCGAUGAUAUGCCAGAACUCACUGUCAGAUUCCAAGGAGAUGAUGACUAUGAAUCAGAGGACGAUUUGGGUGAUGAAGGCGAUGAAGAGGAAGAACCUAUUGUGGCCGAUUUGGAUCACCAUCGAGGAAAUGUCGAUAGAGGAACCGAUGAUAUUGGGAGCCUCGUUACUGAUCUGGAG